GAUUCUGGUUUUUCCCCACUGCCAAACGACGAUCAUUUUAAAAGGUGUCUUCAAAUGUAAAUCUGCUAGUAACACUCUUGAAGUCCCAACUAGAUCCCGGACUGAAGUGAGCGACAGUGCAACUCCGUUCUCCUUCGAUAAACAUGGCCCAGGUGAACCAACCCAACUACAACAGCCUUGGUUUUGCAAAUCCCAUAUUUGUUUUGAUCAAGGGCGGGUAUUGGGAUUCCAACGUAACUAGGAGACGUAUUCAAGGACAAAUUUGCCUAGACGAAUUUGCAGACAUCCUGCUCGAAUGGUUCCUGCAUUUACCUGAAGAACCCUUGUAUAUGUCGGAGUGGGGAAAAGAAUCACCUCUUCAAGAUAAUGGUUCACUGGAAGUUUUGAAAUACGCUUUAAAAAAUCCAUUUUAUGUGGAUGGAGCGAGAGACCCGCUAGUUUCGAACUUUGCUGACAAUGUCAGACAAUUAAGGAAGCUGAGAAACAAAUUGACUCACGAGGUCCGUUCCUGGAAAAUUGAUGAUUUUAGAAACUUCUUGGAGGCAAUGAAAAAUGCUUCAAGUUGGUUGGUUGACAUCGAUAGCCCUAACGCUUUGGACGGUCGUGUAAACGCCUUCAUUAGUAAAUGUGGAAGUGAAAUCGAGAACAUUAACACCCACCAGGAAUUGUAUUAGCUACGCACCACCGAUGUCGGGUAUAAUAGUUACGAACGAAGAAGUGUCAUUCGUUCUUUUCUUCUUUUCUUUAAAAGCAGCUGCAUUUCUUUUAAGCAAUUUGGACAUACUGUACUAGUUGUAUUCUUCAUUGGUGUAAUUAUGCUAUUGGGGUAUCGAGUAGUGAUACGCCGUUUUUUCAGCAUCUGAUAAAUAAAAUAUCAAGA